AUGGGAUCGCCAGCGGUCGUCUCUGAUGCCGCUCGGCCGGAGCUCGGCCAGUUUCUCCGUGCCACGUGCAACUAUUCCGAGGGCGACCUCGUGCUGUCCGAGCUGCCGCUUCUCCGCGUCCCGCGGCUCCGGCGCCUAACUGCCGAGGCCUUGCAGAAGGCCCCAAGGCUGCGGCAGGCGAAGCUCUUCGUUCCGCCGGAGAGCACAAGUCCUGCACUACAGCGGUUGCGGGCAACCACAAGAGAAGCAGAACCCGAGGCCCUCUUCGUGAAGUCCGUGCUGCACUUCAACUCCUUCGGGGCCGGGCCAGCGGGUCAGGACCAGGUGGUGUUCCCGACUUUGGCAAGAGCGAAUCACUCCUGCCUGCCCAACUGCCUGGUGGAUGCAGACCUUGGAACUUUGCGUGCCGUCCGGGCAGUGUCUGUUGGGGAGGAGCUCACGGUGUCCUACUUAGAUGAUGCCGGACUCUUGAUGGACACCGCCUCUCGCCAAGCGGAGUUGGCCGAGCAGUACGAGUUCAGGUGUGAAUGCUGCCGCUGCUCUUCUGCCCAAGACGACACUAGAAGAUUUUCUGGAUGUUUCGAAGGCGACCCAUCCGAUCUCGUGUUCGGCAGCGACCUGUGGAGACGGUCGCCGUCGACGGUGCAGCGACUGCUGGAAGAAGAGGCGAAGGCCAAGGCAUCCCUGCUGGCAGCGAGAUCUGGAGACUUGGAAGAGGAGGACGAGGGCCACGAGCUGAUGAAGUGCCACAGGUUUACGUCUGCUCACCGGCACCACGGGCUGGCAUUUGCCCUUGCGAAUGAGUUUGCCUUCCCUGACCCGGAGGAUGCAAAGCAGAUCGUGUUGGAAGUGAUCGACCUUGUCCUUGCCAUGCCCUGCCAGUUCCGAUCCAACCAGACCAAAGACCUCGGCUCCCUAGCCGGGGCGAGUCGGACCAUCAGCAAGCAUGUCCUCUACGAUAAGCUCAUGGGCUACUGGGUGGGUCAACUCGUGGGCAACUUCAUGGGCUUGCCCUUCGAGUUCCUGUACAACGACUCGCCCAUGCCCAUCGAGCCGCAGGGCUACUACGACCAGCACAGCGCCCACUCUGCCGGCCUCAGGAUCAACUCAGAUGGGCGAGGACGCAUCCCCCAGAGGUUGAAUCAACUCCAGGGAGCAUACACUGAUGACGACACGGACAUCGAGUUUGUCACCCUGCAUGCGUUGAUGGAGCAUGGUCUUGGCUUGAACUACAAGCAGAUCGCCGGAUACUGGAAGAGCUAUGUCCACAUCCAGGUCAACGGCGAUGCGCUCUGGUUUGCGAACAAGGUCGCGCGAGAAAAUAUGAACAGAGGGGAGAUUCCGCCACUUACCGGUUCACAGGGACACAACCGAUUCUGGUGGACGAUCGACCCACAGCUUGUGAACGAGCUCUGGAGCGCUGUCUAUCCUGGCAUGGUUGACAAGGCUGUGGAUCGCGCAGAGUGGGGGGCCAAGAUUACCAGCGAUUCCUGGGGAACGCAUCCAACCCGCUUCUACGCUGCUCUUUACAGCGCUGCCUUCUUUAGCAAUGAUGUCCACAGGAUGUAUGACAUUGGUAUGUCAAAGGUUCCGGGAGACAGUCCGUACCACAAAGCCCUGCAGGAUGUUCGGCAGUGGCACUCAGAGAGUCCCCACGACUGGAGACAGACCUGGUACAAGAUCAGGAAUGCAUACACUUACUACCCCUCCAACUGUGGUGGAGUUCCAUGGAACUGUGGAGUCUCGGCGAUGGUGAAUGGAGCCAUGGGCGCCAUGGCAUUCCUGUAUGGUGGGGGCGACUUCAAGCGAACCGUUGGCAUUGCAAUUGCAGCUGGCUUCGAUUGUGACAACCAGGCACCCACUCUCGCAGGCGUCGUGGGGGUCAUGCAUGGCGCCAGGGCGAUCCCGCAUGAACUUACUCACCAGGUAGCCGGGAACAACUGGGCGCAACCGUUCAACAACCGCUACGUUAAUGAACGCCGACCACCUCUGCCCCGGGACCAGACAAACACCGACAUUGUCGACAAGGUCAUGAUCCUCGCCUCCCGUGCCAUUGUUGAGCAGGGUGGACAGGACCUCGGUGAUAGCUUUCUCGUGCAACUGUCCCCGUCGCUAGCAUAG